AUGCACGAAUCUCGGAGACCGUUUAUUUCGCGUUCUCUGCCUGGCGAACAUACCUCUCCAAAAAGUCUACCAGCCUCUCUACCUACAACUCCUGUAACAUUUCAAAUUCCAACUUCCUCUUUGACGGUUCCUGCCGCACAGCAAGCAACUGGUAUAGAAGGUAAACUUAUAAAACCGAGAAAUCGUCGAAGUCUUUCUACUUCUUCGAGUCAAAGUUUACUUAAGAAAAGCUUAUCAAAACCACGGGCUUUAUCGAAUCUUUAUCCUUCAAAUUUACUCUCGACUAUUGAGGGAGAUGCAAAUAACAGGCCGUCCUUUGAAGACUUCGAUUUUUCGACUCCUGGCAUUCUCCCUACCGGAACUAACUCUGGUUCAAAUUCUAGUAGUAGUUCCUCUAAUUCUCCAUAUUUGACUUCUUUUCCUUUUUAUCAAAGAGAAAGACAUCACUCUUUAUUUGUACUAUCUCAUCCACAACAGCAACAACAGCAAAGACCGUCAGUGUCACUGCAACAACAAAAUUUGUUAAAUGUUCCUUCAACACAAUCAGGUACUACUGUGUCUUCUACAUCAUCUCAACAAAAAUUGCCUCAUCAACCGAUCCAACGUCGUCAGAGUGGUGCUAGCUCUCAACUUAAACGACUAUUAAGUUUAAAGUCGGAAAGUUAUCCUUCAAAUACCCCUUCCUUAUAUUCUGACUCUGAGACUGACUCUUUGGAAACUGAUUCUGAUGCCUAUGUCACCAAUGAUGAACAUGUUCUUUCUUCCUCUAUAAAACGAAAACCUUCAUUUCAAAAAUAUAGAUUUUUCCCUGAUUUAUCAAUUGAUGCUGAACAAAAUCGUCUUAGUAAUUUGCAUAUUAUUGAUGAUGGUUCUCCAGAGUUUACUUUUCCAAAAGUUAAACGAAAACUUUUAAAAGAUCUGGAAGAGGCAAAAAGUCGUGCUGAUAAAAGAAUUAUGGUGAUUUUAGAUAACUGGUAUAAGUCUCACCAAUAUCAAGAACUUUUAAGUGAAUUUUUAUAUGAUGGUUGGAGUGAUGAUGAUGAUAUACAUUCUCCAAUCAAAAUUCAAAAAAAGAGUAGUCAGAGAACAUUGAAUAAAGAGAAGGCCAGUCCGGUCAUUAGUGAUACAGAUGAUGAGGCCUCUCACCUAGAUAAGUUAUCACUUGAAAUUAAAUCAAUGAAGAAAGAUGUACUUGCAAAAGAUAAAAUUACACAUAAAAUGGAAUCUAUGUCAUUAUAUGGUAAUACAAAACCAAAAAACAUUCUAAAAAAGAGUAAAAACUUUAAAAGAAGAUUGAUUCAUUCGAAUAGUUGGCCUUCUUCAAUUUUAACUUCAUCUCAUACGCUCUUGUUAACACGUAUUGAUCGUAUUGCUCGACGUAUUUUAAAGACUGCUGUUCAUGAUUUAUUACAUUUCAACGUUGCUGUUGAAAUAAUGAAAGAACUUCAGGAAUUAAUGGAAUCACAAAGGAAAAUGGCUGUUGGUAAUGCUGAUGCUGAAGAUUUAUUAACAAAAUUAGUUUACGUUUUCGCUGACGUUACAAGAGCUGUUGAAGCUGUGAAUUAUCCUUUGGCUGAAACACAUCAAGACUUUUCAGGUGAUAGUGGAAUAAAUGAUAUGUUGACAACAGGUUCAGAGUGGUCUUCUUCACCAUUACCAUCGCCAUUGCUUCCAAUGACUCCAUCAUCAUAUUCUCCACCACGAAUAUUACACGAAAGGCGCAAGUCUUCCUUGGAGAUCGAUGGAAAUAAUAAAUCUAGCGCGCUUUUAUCUCCAUCACUUGCGUAUUCGUCUCCAUUGGCUCGCCAUGUUACUAUGCCUCAAUUACCGUCAACUCCUAAAAUUACUCUUGAACAACGUCGUGCUUCUGCGAAUGAAGCGAUAUUCGAAAGCCCAAUAAUGUACAUUCCCCCCUCUCGACCAAGUAUGGAUGACAACCUUCUCACUUGGAACAAUUUAACAAAGAAGCAAGUAGAUCAGAUGCUUCAUGAGGAAAUGAAUAGGGAAAUUGAUUUUAGCAUAAAGCUGAAGAAACAACAAGAAGAUCCGAAAACAAUGAUGAACUUUUUCAAAUCAAUAAAAAAUGCGUUCAACAGCCCUACAUCGUCGACUAGUGUGUCACCCAUUGGAUCCCCAACUCGAUCAAUUAUUCUACCAAGUCCUAUUCGUAACGCAUAUCUACCACGUCCUCCACCGUUGGAAAGCCAUCGGUCUUUUUCUUUUGAUUCACAGUCACAGACGCUACAUGGUCGUAGUAAUUCAUUAAUGUCAUCAAAGAGUGAUGUU